CUUUGGCUUUGACAGCCGCCGCCACAAGUCUUUCCGCCUCCCCAGCCUGCCUGGGAGCUGGGAGCGGGAUUAUGGUGGCCUGACCAGCAAACGCAGCCGCAGGAGCCCGGAACCCCUGCCCCUUCCCCUGCUGCCCGCUGCCGGGAGGACCAGGAAAGCAGCCUCCGACCUGCCAUGCCUGCCCCUCCCAGCCCCCCAGGGGGCCCAAGUCGUCCUCUCCCGGACCUCUGCUGAGGCUGGACCACUGGCCAGAUGUAGCCGGGCUCCGGAUCCGUCUCCUCCCCUUCUCUCUCUCUGCGGAUCUCUCCUGCCCGCUACCCACAGCCUGGACCGGGGGCUGGUGGAGGGGCCUGCAGGCUCUGGAGCCCCGAUGCAUCAAAGCUCACUCUCCUGAGAACCACCUCCAGCACCCGGAGUUGGGGGCAGGCCACAGGGACGGACGUGGGCCGGAGUGAGCCCAGGGCACCCCAAGGCCAGGGCCCACCAUGGCCCAAGCGCUCCCCUGGCUCCUGCUGUGGAUGGGCUCCGGAGUGCUGCCUGCCCACGGUUCCCAGCCCGGCAUCCGGCUGCCCCUGCGAAGCGGGCUUGGGGGGGCCCCCCUGGGGCUGCGGCUGCCCCGGGAGACCGACGAGGAGCCAGAGGAGCCCGGCCGGAGGGGCAGCUUUGUAGAGAUGGUGGACAACCUGAGGGGCAAGUCCGGUCAAGGCUACUACGUGGAGAUGACCGUGGGCAGCCCCCCACAGACGCUCAAUAUCCUGGUGGACACAGGCAGCAGUAACUUUGCCGUGGGGGCUGCCCCCCACCCUUUCCUGCAUCGCUACUACCAGAGGCAGCUGUCCAGCACGUACCGGGACCUCCGGAAGGGCGUGUACGUGCCCUACACCCAGGGCAAGUGGGAGGGGGAGCUGGGCACUGACCUGCCUGAUGACUCCCUGGAGCCAUUCUUCGACUCCCUGGUAAAACAGACCCACGUGCCCAACCUCUUCUCCCUGCAGCUCUGCGGCGCUGGCUUCCCCCUCAACCAGUCAGAAGUGCUGGCCUCGGUUGGAGGGAGCAUGAUCAUCGGGGGUAUCGACCACUCGCUGUACACAGGCAGCCUCUGGUACACACCCAUCCGGCGGGAGUGGUACUACGAGGUGAUCAUUGUGCGGGUGGAGAUCAACGGACAGGAUCUGAAAAUGGACUGCAAGGAGUACAACUACGACAAGAGCAUCGUUGACAGUGGUACCACCAACCUUCGUCUGCCCAAGAAAGUGUUUGAAGCUGCUGUCAAGUCCAUCAAGGCUGCCUCCUCGACGGAGAAGUUUCCAGACGGUUUCUGGCUAGGGGAACAGCUGGUGUGCUGGCAAGCAGGCACCACCCCUUGGAACAUUUUCCCAGUCAUCUCCCUCUACCUCAUGGGGGAGGUCACCAAUCAGUCCUUCCGCAUCACCAUCCUUCCACAGCAAUACCUGCGGCCAGUGGAAGACGUGGCCACGUCCCAAGACGACUGUUACAAGUUCGCCAUCUCCCAGUCAUCCACAGGCACUGUCAUGGGAGCUGUCAUCAUGGAGGGCUUCUACGUUGUCUUUGAUCGGGCCCGGAAACGAAUCGGCUUUGCCGUCAGUGCUUGCCACGUGCACGAUGAGUUCAGGACAGCGGCGGUGGAAGGCCCUUUUGUCACCCCGGACAUGGAAGACUGUGGCUACAACAUCCCACAAACAGACGAGUCGACCCUCAUGACCAUAGCCUAUGUCAUGGCUGCCAUCUGCGCCCUCUUCAUGCUGCCGCUCUGCCUCAUGGUGUGUCAGUGGCGCUGCCUCCGCUGCCUGCGCCAUCAGCACGAUGACUUUGCUGACGACAUCUCCCUGCUGAAGUGAGGUGGCCCAUGGGCAGAAAAGAGAGAUUCCCCUGGACCACAUCUGGUGGUUCCCUUUGGUCACAAGGAGGAGACACAGAUGGCACCUGUGGCCAGAGCACCUCAAGACCCUCACCCACCCACCACAUGCCUCUGCCUUGACAGGAAAGAAGGAAGAGCUGGCAAGGUGGGUUACAGGGGUUGCCCCUGUAGGAAACAGGAGAGGGGAGAAAGAAGCGCUCUGGUGGCAGGAAUACACUUGGUCACCUCAAACCUGGGAAAUUCUGCUGCUUGAAACUUCGAUCCUACACCUUUGCCCACCAUCCCUUUAGAGUCUCCAAUCCAACGUAUUCUUUUCUUAGUUCCAGGAAUAGUGGCAUCGCACCCAGGUGACCCCAGUGUGUGUCUCUGCAGUGCCCUGGCAGAGAAAGAACCAGUCGUGUUCCCCUGCUGGCCAGUUGGCCGGAACGGGUGCAUAGUUCGCCAUUUGCUUUAGAGAUAGGGGCUCUACAGACAAGCCUGACAUUGGUGCAGAGAUGCCUCUUGAAUUAAAAAAAAAAUUAAAAAAUGUGUACAAAUGGAGGUGGUUGGAGGAGGAGGAAAGGGAGUGCAAAGACAGGAAACAGCUGGGAUCAGAGCUAGGAAAGGCAGCAACAUGACCGCUCACCAGUCCCCGUUUUAGACUGCAUCUCCAAGAUAGAAUCCCAUCUUCUAAGAGGGGUGUUGCUUCCCACUGUCUCUUUUCUGUGGUUGCAGCCGGACCAAAAGUGCGAUGGGAAGAAGGGCUUCUCCAGCCAAAAAGCUCUUUCUAGCUCUCUUAAGUGAAAAGCGCCCCCCAAAAGGCCCAAAAGUUUCCAUCUAACAAAUAAAUUUCUACCUUAUUAAUUCCUGGUCUCCAUCUGAACCCUCUACUCUACACGUGACAGGCAGCACUGAAACACCCCGGACCCCAGAAGCCCCAGGUGCCCUAUGGGAAAGCAGCUGGAAUAGAGCACAUACAGCAGGGCUGCGCUCUGUCUUCCUGGCUACGUGUUCACCCCUCCCCCAAGCCCCUACUCCUCUGGAGCUUUGCAGCUGAGGUGCUAAGAAGAAUAGACAGGAGACCUCUCCUAUCUAAUCCUUAGAAUCAGAAUCCUGAAGAUUCAUUCAACAGGUGCCCUAUACCCUGCCUGGAUUUCUUCCUGUUCAGCUGUAAGUAAUAGUAAGAUCUUGACAUAAUACAGAGCAGUUUCAUUGCCUUCUCACCCUAAGUUCCCCUGCAUUUAUUUGGCUAAGGCAUCCCACAGUGGCACUAGUAUUAUACCAGGAGUGUCAGGAACACAGGGCCUUUUGGCUCUAGCAUCAUCACCUUCAGUAUCAAGGCUGCGUGGAGCAAGGAUGGCAGCUUCAGGGAUUAUUUCCUUCACCUCAAGAACCUCUUGAGGGAGGUUAUCCUUUGCCCCUAUCCUGCUCUCUACUCCCUGCUUCUAAUAGUACUCGGGUACCCAGGCUGGUUCUUGGGCUAGACAGUGAGGACCAAGUUCAUUUCCUCCCUAUCGAUUCUAACCCAGCCGCCUAUGAUAAACCAGUGUUAGUGGGAAGAGCUGAAUUUUCUUACUGUACCACUGGAUCCCAUUCCUAGCUGCUCAACACACCACUUCCAGGUAUGGGACCUGCAGAGUGUGGAGUUACCUGAUGAGGGAGAGGGAACUACAAGGAGGGCCUCUGGAGACCCUGGCCUCAGCCAGCUGCCCACAAGCCAUAAACCAAUAAAACAAGAAUACUGAGUCACAGUUCUUCUUUUUUCAAAUCUGAGUCUUCAUUCCCACUGCACUUGGUGCUGCUUCGGCUGACUGGGAACACCCCAUAACCACAAAGACUGACCGGAAGACUGGGGGCCAUCCACUUCCAGCUCGGAACUUACUGUGUAAAUAAACUUCCAGAAUUGCUACCGUGAAAUGAAGAUGCCAUAUUCUGCUUUAGAAUUUCGACCUAUGUUGGGGAAAACUGGCUUUUCCCCAGCUCUUUCCAGGGCAUAAAACUCAACCCCUUCAUUAGUAAGUCUCAUCAUCCAACUUUUUUUCUUUAAAAGAGAAAACUUGUACUUACUUUCUUUUUACGGUUUUUCUUCCCUUCUACCCUGAAAUCAUGAACUCUUAAGCAUAAAUAGAAUCUUGACCACAGUUUCUUGCUUGUAAAAAUAUGUAUUAUAUAUUUCUAUUUUUAAAUUCUACUCCAGAAAAAUGACAGUCCCAUCUCCACUCUGCAUCAGGGGCCGUUCCCAUGGGUCUGCACGGCUUUUACCAGUGCAAGCAGUGGACAGAGGGAGAAGGGAGGACCAGGGCGGCCAAAACUUAAGUGUUGCUCUUGGACUGACCCUGAACAAGAAAGAGAAAAGAGUGCCGACAAGGCCCGGCUCCCGUGCACACCCUCCACCACACAGUCCUGCGGCCGCUGGCUUUCCAGGGCCUCUCACUAGGAAGCAGUUAAGGCCCCCCUAUUCCCUGGGUUUUUCUCUUUACUUCUUUGGUGUCAAAGAUUUGUGGAAAAAGAAACAGAAUAUUCUUUACACCCAUUUCUAAUUUCUAAAUUUUCAUCGGAUACUGAAAAAUACUACAGGUGGCCCAAAGGCUGCUGCAAAGUUGAGGGGAGGUAAAAAUCUGAAGAGUACAAGAUAAAAAAUGAAUCCCCCCACCUCAGAUGAAAAGAACAAAAGAAGUGGUCUUCCAUUUUGCCACAUUCCCUGUUCAUGACAACUACCAAACUGGAGACAUUAAUAUUUCAUUAACCAAAGAAAGUGGGUUGUCUGACCUCUACAGUGGGGAGUACUCAGGCCAUUUUAAUCACCCUACAAGAUGCCAAGGGGACCCCAGGAAGUCCAGCUCCUCAUACUGGUACCAGUCAAUAAACCUGAGCAAGUAAGACAAGAGAAGACAGAGUAUGUUCAUGAGCUGAUAGGCAAGGAUGAAAGACAAAGGAAAAGGGUAACAAAAGCAGAGAGGAGAGAAUCAUUUGGAUCUGAAAGGAAAAGUCUCUGUUACACUGACAUGUACUGCUAUUUCCCAGGUCCCAGAAUGGGAAAAAUUCAGCUGUUGGUAAUAUAAUAAUAUCUUUCCCCUGGAGCUAGUUUUUAAAAGUUAAUGCUUAAUUUGUAAUUGUUUAAUUCCAAAAGAGAAGAGAGCUGAAGCCAUUUCCUUUAGGAAUAAAGAUAAAAGGAUAGGAAAACAUUCAAAGUUCUAAUAGAAACACAGUUUUCCUAGGUAUCAGACUAGAAACUGGAAGUGCUCAAUAAGCAGAGGUGGAAAAAUGAUCCGGUUCCAGACAGCUAUCCAUUGAACAAAUGGCUUAUGAACUGGAAAUCCAGACUUCCCUCUUCAUGUCAUUUUGGUCUCCAUUUUUCCCAGGACAGAAAAGAUGUCCCCAUAGCGUUCUUGCUUCAAAAAUUCAAACUCGUAUCUCAAGAUCAUUCUGAAAGUAAUUUUGCACAGACAUCUCCUCACCCCAGUGCCUGCCUGGAGCUCACCCAAGGUCACCAAACCGCUUGGUGUGAACCAACUGCCUUAACCUUCAGGGGGGGAGGGGGAUAGCUAGACUCAGAGACCGGAAGUGAAGGGGAAGAGGUGGGGACUUCACGAUGUUGGUCUGUCCAAGCUUGAUCAGAAGCCAAGUCACUGGUGGAAAGGAUGGCUUGGCCCAGGAAAGACCUGUGAGCUGUGCUAGUUUCUAAAGAGAUGACUAUCCAGGAAGUAGGGUGCACAGAAGUUUGUGGGAAGCAUUGGGGAAAUGGGACCUGGUUAUGUUGUUACUCUUGGACUGUGAAUUUUGCUGACGUCAAACAGAAUAUUCUGUAAACCUACUGUCUAUGUACAGAUAAUGAGUGUUAACACAGUAAAAUAUUCAAUGAAAA